UUCAUAUUUGACCUUUACCUCCUCCGUCUAAGGGAAAAGCUGGUUCUCCCCAAUGGCCUCCAAGGGUGAUAGGAAAGGUGAACCUCCGGUUUCGGAGGAGGGGGUGGAGAGAUGCCCCGUCGAGGAGGUGAAGCUGGUGGUCCCGGAGACCGACGACCCGUCGCUCCCGGUGAUGACAUUCCGGGCGUGGUUCCUCGGCCUCACCUCCUGCUCCCUCCUCAUCUUCCUCAACACCUUCUUCACCUACCGCACGCAGCCGCUCACCAUCUCCGCCAUCCUGAUGCAGAUAGCCGUGCUGCCCAUCGGUCGCCUCAUGGCCUCCGUGCUUCCCGACAGGGAGGUCAAUCUGCUCCCGGGGUGGGGUUUCAACCUCAACCCCGGCCCCUUCAACAUCAAGGAGCACGUCAUCAUCACCAUCUUCGCCAGCUGCGGCGUGUCCUACGGCGGAGGCGACGCCUACUCCAUCGGCGCCAUCACGGUGAUGAAGGCCUACUAUAAGCAGAACUUGAGCUUCCUCUGCGCUCUCCUUAUUGUUCUCACCACGCAGAUCUUGGGUUAUGGGUGGGCUGGAAUGAUGAGAAGGUAUUUGGUGGAGCCACCUGAGAUGUGGUGGCCUUCUAACCUUGCUCAGGUCUCCCUCUUCAGAGCUUUACACGAGAAGGACUCGAGAUCGCAAGGGCUAAGCAGGAUGCGGUUCUUUCUCAUCUUCUUCGUCGCGAGCUUUGCCUACUACACGUUGCCCGGCUACCUCUUGCCCAUACUGACCUUCUUCUCCUGGAUGUGCUGGGCAUGGCCACGUAGCAUUACCGCACAGCAGAUCGGGUCGGCUUACCAUGGCCUCGGAGUCGGCGCAUUUACUCUCGACUGGGCGGGCAUCUCCGCGUACCACGGCAGUCCUCUGGUGACGCCAUGGUUCUCCAUCCUCAACGUGGCCAUCGGCUUCAUCAUGUUCAUCUACAUCAUCGUCCCCGUGUGCUACUGGAAGUUCAACACCUUCGACGCCCGCAAGUUCCCCGUCUUCUCCAAUCAGCUCUUCACUGCGACAGGGCACAAGUACGACACCACCAAGAUUCUGACGCCGGAUUUUGACCUCAACGUAGCCGCAUACGACAGCUACGGCAAGCUCUACCUCAGCCCUCUUUUCGCACUCUCGAUCGGGUCAGGAUUCGCGAGAUUCACGGCAACCAUUUCCCAUGUCCUCCUCUUCCAUGGAAGCGAUAUAUGGAGGCAAAGCAAGUCAGCGAUGAACUCCCUGAAGCUGGACAUCCAUGGCAAACUGAUGCGGAGAUACAAGCAAGUUCCUCAGUGGUGGUUCGUCGUUCUACUGGCGGGAAGCAUCGUCUUGUCGCUGAUGCUGUCGUUUGUUUGGAAAGAGGAGGUGCAGCUGCCUUGGUGGGGGAUGAUAUUUGCCUUCGGUUUGGCUUGGCUUGUCACACUUCCCAUCGGAGUCAUUCAAGCAACCACGAAUCAGCAACCUGGGUAUGACAUUAUAGCCGAGUUCAUGAUUGGGUAUGUCCUUCCGGGCAAACCUAUUGCAAAUCUGCUGUUCAAGAUCUACGGUAGAAUCAGCACCAUCCAUGCUCUUUCCUUCCUCGCAGAUCUGAAGCUUGGCCAUUACAUGAAGAUCCCACCUAGGUGCAUGUACACUGCCCAGCUGGCAGGAACUGUUGUCGCCGGAGUCUUGAACCUAUCUGUGGCUUGGUGGAUGCUCGAAAACAUCGAGAACAUAUGCGACGUCGAUUCACUGCAUCCCGAUAGCCCGUGGACAUGCCCCAAGUACAGAGUCACCUUUGAUGCGUCUGUCAUCUGGGGACUUAUAGCCCCCGGGCGACUCUUCGGGCACGGCGGGUUGUACAGGAACCUGGUGUGGUUGUUCCUCGUCGGCGCCGUCUUGCCCGUUCCCGUGUGGGUGUUGAGCAAGAUCUUCCCGGAGAAGAAGUGGAUAUCUCUCAUCAACGUACCUGUCAUCACCUACGGCUUCGCCGGAAUGCCACCCGCUACCCCAACCAACAUAGCCAGCUGGCUCAUCACCGGCACCAUCUUCAACUACUUCGUCUUCCGAUACCGAAAGGUGUGGUGGCAGCGGUACAACUACGUCUUGUCCGCAGCGCUGGAUGCAGGUACAGCAUUCAUGGGCGUGCUGCUCUUCUUCGCUCUCCAGAACCAGCAUCACAACUUGCACUGGUGGGGCUCGGAGCUCGACCACUGCCCCUUGGCGUCAUGUCCAACCGCGCCUGGGAUAUCAGUUAAAGGAUGCCCAGUCUUCUAACCACGAGCUUGGCUGUUACUGCAUUGCCGUAGAGAGUUCGAUCGCAGGAGGACAAGGACAAGCUCCGAGAGAUGUGGGUUGGUUCUUGACAUCAUCUUCUUCUUCUUCUUCGCUGUGUUGACUGCAGUUCUCCGUGUUUGGAUUUUGAGACUGCAAAAUGCUUGUCUAUCAUCAUCCGUUUUGUUCUAAUUUCCCUUCGUUACCUUCUCCAUCUCCUCCCAUGUAUCCCCAGAGCAUGAUCAUACUGUGUGCAAGGACCACUACAUAAGGCUGGCUUAGCUGCCAUUUACGACCAA